GAUAUCGUCUCGAGUUUUCGACCAGACCAAGCCAACCUAGUGCGGCGUGCGGCGUACGUUUCAUAGUGGGAAAGCAAGGAGAUUAAGGUGGUGAACGGAGAAGGAAAACUAGGAUAACAGAAGUGAUACUGGUAAAAUAUAAUUCGUAGAUUAGAAGAGAACAAUCGGAUAAGAAGUAUUUGACGACGUUAAAUGAACGAUUGCUGAGAAUCCGUCAUAGUUGUAGAAGAGCACAUUUUGGGAUAUAUAUAUAUAUAUAUAUAUAUAUUAUAUAUAUAUCGGCAAAGUACCAGUUUGGAUAUUGAAGAGAAGAGGAGUUAAAGCAAGGGGAGAGAGUAAGAGAGAGAGUGAGCUGAAAAAAAAAAUAUGAAUGCCCUUACGUUGGUGGUCUGCGCGAUCCUUCUCCUAUUUCAAACCGCAAACACACAGAGAAGGAGGUCAAGAUGUAUGGACGAGGAGAAUAACCCUGUUUUCUGUCGUCCUGGUUUAACAAAUAUAGCAAGAGGUUUAAUUCCUAAUGUUACAAGUCAAUGCGGUUACAGAGGAUCAAGAGAAAGCUAUUGCUUUAUGACGACAACUACCUCUAGAGGUUCCACCCGAGUUCGAUGCUUUGUUUGCGACGAUCAAAGAUAUAGUGGAGAUACUUUAUAUACUACCCUUCUACCUGAAAGAAUGACAGAUGCUUCGGAUUCAACUUUCUGGGCCAGCGCUACCACCUAUACUGAUCGUACUAUAUCUAGAAGCCCAGUUAACGUUACGAUAUUGUUUGGAAAGAAAAUGAUUUUGGCGAACAUUAAGAUCAAAUUUCGGUCAACAGCACCUCAAAGUUUUGUUAUAGAAAGAUUGACAGUUGAUGAUAAAUGGGAACCCUAUGUCAUAUACAGUUUAACAUGUGAACGAAGAUAUGGAAUGCACGAUUGGGAGCUUUCGGAUCCAAUAUUUACGAAGGAUAAUUUUUCCGCUCCUUAUUGUACGAGACAGUACGUAGAUUUUAUUGGUUAUGAAUAUGGUCGAGCGAUUUUUGUGCCUAACAUAAAUCGAUUUUCCGGCCAUACAUCUACGCAAGAAAUGAUGAAAAACUUUGUAACAGUAAAAGGUAUAAGAAUUUCUCUGCAAGAGAUGAUAACAACUCCCUACGCCAACCAAGACGAUCUUCGUCGGCAAUUUUAUAGCAUAAGUAAUAUUCACAUUGGCGGUAGUUGUUACUGCAGCGGUCAUGCAGAUACCUGCACAUAUUAUAGUGAGAGAUGGAUGUGUGAAUGUGCUCAUUAUACAACGGGUCCGAACUGUGAGAAAUGCUUGGAAGAAUAUCAGGAUGUUCCACCAAUGCCCGGUACACCGGAAAAUGUAAAUGCGUGUAAAAGAUGUCAAUGUAACUUUCAUUCUGAAAGAUGCAUAUUUAACUCAACCCUAUAUAAAGCAACUGGUAGUGGUAGUGACUGUAGUUUAUAUUGCACAAGUCAUACAAAGGGAAGAAAUUGUGAAUUGUGUGAAGACAACCAUUACAGAGAUUUAGACGAUCCAACCCUGCCUUGUUAUCAAUGUCGAUGUGAUUUAUUAAAUACCGAAAAAUGUGAUCCAGUAGGGGGCAAAUGUACCUGUAAAGAGGGUGCAACGGAUGAAUUCUGUAGUUCUUGUCUAGAUGGUUAUUAUAACACUGGUUCAGGAUGUAGAAAAUGUACUUGCAAUGAUGAGGGUACCCGUUUUUGCGAUAGAGGAACUUGUCAAUGUAAGGCGCACGUAAAAGGUACUGACUGUGAUCAAUGCAUAAAAAGUUUCUUUGGAUUUUCUGGAAAUCUAACACGAGGAUGCUUGCCAUGUUAUUGUUCUGAUAGAACUGAUAUUUGUACUGUAGCUGAUAACUUUUAUAAAAAUACAAUCGAAGCCAAUUUUAAAGCUGAUAAUGAUGGCUGGAAACUAGAAGAGUUUUUCAUGGGACAAUCUCUGAAUACCUCGGAAGACUAUCUGGAGCAUGAUUCUGGAUUGGUUAAGCCAAAAAGAAUUGAAUUUACUGAUGGAUAUGAGUAUUUCUUUAUAGCCCCUAAAAAAUUCCUAGGUGAUCAAAGGAAGAGUUUUUACAAAUUUGUUACCUUUACUUUGGUAAGCGAAUCUGAAGUUAAUCCGUAUAAUCAGGAUAAUGAUUUUAUAUUGGAGGGAACUGAUGGCUUACAGAUUAAAAAAACAUUAGCGAAAGUUCCUAAAGUCAUGGGUGCUUCGUAUAAAAUUCAAUUGAAUAGGGAUGGUUUAGAAUUUACUGAUGAUAGUUCAAUAGCACAAGUUCUAUCAAAUUUGACAGCGAUAAAGAUACGAGCCGCUGUACCGAAUAGAGUAAUUAAGUACAAGUUGACACAUUUUGCGCUGGAAUCAGCGGACACUUCAGUGGGAGGCGAUAUUGAUAGGAUGGUUGAGAAUUGUACUUGCCCACCAGAAUAUACAGGACUUUCUUGCGAAAAAUGUGCACCUGGUUACUAUCGAAGUACGCCUGGUCCGUAUGGCAGAUGUGUCAAGUGUGACUGCCAUGGGCAUGCUAUUGAUUGUGAUCCAGAAACUGGAGUAUGCCUUGACUGUAAACAUGAUACAACAGGAGAUCACUGUGAAAAAUGUAAAGAUGCUUUCUAUGGUAAUGCUCUCCAAGGAGGACCAAACGAUUGUCAACCUUGCAAAUGUAAAAACACAAAAAAGAAUCUUGCAACCUGUACUGUUGAUAAGUUUCAGAAUGUAGUUUGUUUGAAUUGUUUGGAAGGAUAUAGUGGUUUAAGAUGUAUGGAGUGUUCAAUUGGUUACUACGGAAAUCCAGAUUUACCAGCAACUCAGGGAGGUGGACCGUGCGUGAAAUGUAAAUGUAAUGGAAACGUUCAUUCUAAUGUCAUCAAUCCAUGUAAUAGGACAUCGGGAGAAUGUUUGGAAUGUUUGGAAUCGACGAUGGGUUCACAUUGUGAAGAUUGCGCUCCAGGUUAUUUUAAUAUGACUUACGGUCAAGGCUGUGAAGCUUGUAGUUGCUACUUUAACGGAACGAAGAAGCCUGAUAACUAUACUGAUGAACUUUUAACCUGUGAUUUGAAAAGUGGCCAAUGUGAUUGCUUCGAUAGAGUUGAAGGUAGAAGAUGCGAUAAGUGUGAACAAAAUUUCUACGGUUUAGACUCUGGCAAAGGCUGUACCGCCUGUCUGUGUAAUACGACCGGUACAAAGACAGGUCAGGGACAAUGCAAUGUAAAAAGUGGUCAAUGCGAUUGUAAUAAAGGCGUAAGUGGUUUAAGGUGUGAUAAAUGUAUUGAAAAUCAUUGGGGAUUCUCAUAUUCUGGUUGUGAACCUUGUAAUUGCGAUCCUGAAGGCAGUUUGUCCGAACAAUGCGAUCUGUUCACUGGAGAAUGCAAAUGUAAGCCAAAUUACGUUAGCAAAACGUGUUCUGUGUGCGCAGAAAAUCGCUAUAAUAAGGCUAGGGGUUGCUUGGAAUGUGAUUUAUGCUACAGCGAAGUUCAAUCGCUUGUUAAUACUACUAGAGACAAUUUGAUGAAAGUGGAACAGAUGAUAGUAGAUAUUCGUGACAAUCCAAAGAAACUAAAUGAUUCAGAUUUUGCUGAAAAGUUAGAAGCUGUAAAUGCUUCAAUAUCUGCUUUAUAUGAAAAAGCGUUGAAACAAACGGGAGGUGGUGGAAUGAGUAUGCUUGCUGAAAAGCUAUCGAACGAUUGGAAAGAGCUAGAAGAGAAAUUAAAAGAAUUAAUGAAUGGAACACAAACAAUACACCAAAAUUUGCACAUUACUGACAAAAAUUUGAUGGAAGUGAGAGCAAAAAUAAACGAUACCCAAUAUAAUCUCGAUGAAGUUGAGUCAAAGUUGAAUAGUAGUUGGGCGUUGCUUCAUAAAACAGAAGAAUUACUUAAUGAGCAUGGUCAGCAAAAUGCUGAACUAACAAUUAUUGCUAUUAAAGCAAGAGAUACUGCUGACUCAAUUCAUAAGUCGGCUAUACAAAUAAAUAAAACUGCCAAUGAAAACUUUGAAAAAGUUGAAAAGCUUCAACAAACAAUUACUGAAACGUUUGAUAAACCUGAUCUUCUAAAAGAUCUAAUUGAAGAAUUGCAGAUAAAUCUUACAUCAGUUCGAAGUAAUUAUAAAAAUACCUUGGAUCUAAUAGAGAGCUAUAAAAAAAUUGCAGACGAUUUGAGAAAAGCAGUUAUUCAGAUCUCUGUCAAUGUUGAUAGAGAUUUAGGCUACAAAGUCAAUUUAACAAUUUAUGAAAAUAUGUUAAAUGAAAUAAAUGAACAAUAUGAAAAGAUUAAGGAACUUCUCGAAAAUCGAAAAGAAAAAUAUGAGAAAGAUGCUGAAGAGAUGAGACCAAAUGUUGAAAAGACAAAGAAACAAAUAUAUGAAAUAAUGGAGUUAUCCAAACGAUUUAACCUACUGCUGGCCCAAGCAUAUAUGGAGAAAAAGAAAAUUUCUAGAGCUGUUGAAGAAUCUGGAUAUGCUAUAAAAACUGCAAAAGAAACAUACAAAAGAUUGCUAGAUUUUGAUAAUGUUAUUCAACGUAGCAAGAAAAAAUCUGAAGAAGCGGAAGCGAAUUCACACCAAACCAAACAAUGGAUUAAAGAAAGUAAUAUGAAAAGUAUCGAAACUGGAGAGAACAUUGAAAAUGCUGAUAGUGUUUCAUCACAGGCUGUGGAGACUCUUCGACAAGGAGAGAAGGAAAGUGAAAAUAUCGAUCAAACAAUUAAAGAUGUCUUUAAAGACUUAAACGAGAGCAAUGAAACUAUUAGCAAAUGUUCUGAAUCAAUGAGAGAUUUGGUAGAAGGAUAUGAAAAAACAUCAAUUUAUGUUAACAAUACCCAAACUAUAAACGAGGAUAAUAAGAAAACACUUGAUAAGGUCUCCGGAGUCACUUCACAAAUAUCCACCACUACACGAGACUUGGAGGAGAGCAUAGAGAACUCUACAAAGCUAAUUGAUGAAAUAAAGAAUAUUAUGGAUACUCUUGGGGAUAUUGACGAAGAGCGCCUCAAAGAAUUAGAAGAAAAAUAUACUGGAUUAAGAACGAAGUUCGAUGAAUCAGAAAUUAAAAGUUCAAUAGAAGAAAUGACGCAAGUAAUUAAAACAAGCGAGCAAACAUUAGCCGAAUACGAGGAGCAGAAUAUAUUCUUCUUGAAAGAAAUAGAAGCAUUAAAGAAAAUUCAAAAAGUUUUCCCAGAUAAGCCGAAGCGAGUUUGGUCGAAAGAGUAG